AUGAGUGGGCACGACUCCAAGUACUUCUCCACCACCAAGAAGGGGGAGAUCCCCGAGCUCAAGGAGGAGCUCAACUCCCAAUACAAGGUUUCUCUCCGACCCCCGCUAAUCCGUGCGAUUUCUCCCCGACCACAUCGAUCUGCGCUUGAAUCGCUCUCUGUAUGUGUUAUGGCCUCCCUUACGUUGUCUCUGUGACGGAAUUGGUGGUCUUGUGUCGUUUUGUGGAUGGGUUGGUCGCGGAUCUGCGGGGGGGGUUGGGCGGACGAAUGUAGAUCUGGGAGCUCGUUCACUUGAUGUCGCCGGGAGGGGAUGAUCUGAUUGGAUUAGGGAGGUUGAAUGGUUGGCCUACGUUUGUGUGCGUGAUGUUGCGGCAUGCUGCGCGGUGGAAUCUGAAAGUGGAUUGGGAGGUUUAUCGUUGUCAGCAUCGGUUCGAUGAUGUUUGCUCGUGCUUUUGAGCCUACGUAUAUGAGACGAGCGUUUUUUCAACUGUAAAUUACGCGUUCUAACACUCUGAAAGGCAUUUUGCCUUUUUUAUCUUCUUCGUCUGUCUGGUGAAGGGAUUGUCAAGACGUCGAAUGCUAUCCUUUUCUAUUUACAAUGUGUGCAAAUAUUUUAACUCACCAUUUCUUGAAAGGCUCAGUGCACAGUGGGAGGCAAUGGAAAACUUGUUUUUCCUGAGAAUCAAAGUCUCCCUUGAAAACACCCUGGCUUUUCUUUGUAAUUGAAACCCGAGAUCAGGAAGCCUCAGAUCUUAUUUGUUGUAGAGGAUGUAUCCUUACGCUAUCUCGCCAGUAAGUGCUACAGAAUUGGGAGAGGUUUAGGAGUCCGUAUUUCCAAAUUUCUUGACCUAAUUCAUUUUGAAAAUUUACUGUGAACCCCAUAAAAUAAAAAUAAAAAUAAAAAAAUUGAAUUUACCUUUCCCUGUAUUGAAUUCAUCAUCAGAUCCAUCGAGUUUUACACGCCAGACUUACUUGGCUACUUAUCCCCCUCAAAACUAUUAUCCUCAACUGAUCAGUAAUCAUUCCCAUUUUGGGCACGAUUAACUGAAAAAUUCCCAUGAGUAUCAUGGUGAAAUGGUUAAGGACAGAACUUUCAUUGCCAAUGAUGGAGAUCUGUCCGACUGCAGUGUCAGUAGCAUGGUAAAACGAAUGGUUUUUCCAUCAAUCUUAUGGCAUGAAUGCAGCGUUGAGGAUAUUAGCAAUGUAAAACUGUGAUAUCAUUGCAACUCAAUGGUGUUGAUGGAACCAAAGAAUCUGUGAUUUUCAGUGGACCGGAUGGUGUGAAAUCUCUUGUCGCUAAGAAGGCAAUGGAGAUAUAAUGUUGGAGAUAUCCUGAUUGUUGAACCGCAAUGAAGUUGCUGAAGUAAGAGGUCAUGGAGGAAGUCAAAAACCAUUUUUUUGUAUCAUUCCAUUAUUGCUGGAUGACAUUUUAUGUUAGUUGUUUGAGUAAGUUGUAUCAACUCAUAUGCAAAUUGGCUCAAUUCAGUUCAGGUCAAAAUCAUGGACAACAGCAAUGAAUCCACACCUGGGUUAUAUUUUGAUUAAUUCAAAAUGUUUGAUUGUACAUAACGAUCCUUUUUUUAUUUAUUUUGAAUGCCUUUUGAUUAUCCUCAAGUUGAUUUUGAUUGAAAUUAACUGAUUUACAGACAAUGGUUCUAACUCAUUCAGGUUCAGGUUGUAUCAUUCCAACCAAGUUUUCAUUUUAUGACUUGUGUCUGGCCAAUGUGACAAUGGUCGAGUUUCUUAGUUUUCUUAUUCUGCAAGGUUGAGUUCUUCUCAGUUUUCUGAUUUUUUAACUGUAGCUCACACCUCCUAAUCGUUCUCAUAGGAUAGGAGAAAGGAUGCAGUUAAGAAGGUGAUUGCUGCCAUGACUGUCGGAAAAGAUGUUUCGUCAUUGUUCACAGAUGUAGUGAACUGCAUGCAAACGGAGAAUCUGGAGUUGAAAAAACUUGUAUACUUAUAUCUUAUCAAUUAUGCAAAAAGCCAGCCCGACCUAGCCAUACUAGCUGUGAAUACUUUUGUCAAGGUGUGUCCUCUCUUCCUUGUAUCGCUUGCUUCUAAGGUUUUAGUAUUAUUUUAAUUAUUGGAACUAAUUCAGUGUAUGCAGGCUAUGAUUAACAUCUUUUUCAUCUGUCUUUGUCGAUGGACAUCAUUCAUUGUUUUCAUUAAGACAUUCCUGUGUGGUUCUACCCUUAUUUUAUUCGACAUCUUCUUGAAGAGAAACGUACAAAUUUGACUAUUCUGGUGGUUGGGUGUGGUAGGGAGCGGGUGGUUGCCUCUGUUGUCCCUCCGAAAGAUUAUACUUCCAUUGGCUAUAAUUUAUUUAUUUAUUUAUUGCAAAAAUAUUACUGCUCUGGAUGAAAGAUAUUGCUUUAUCUUGGAGAAAGUAUCUCAUGCGACAAUUAUUUUCAAAAAUUACCAUUUGGCAUGCUUAGGGCGACGUUUGCAUGUUUGGUGCAUUAGUAGUCCAUGAUAUUUAAUUCUUCACUCUCCCCCUGAAAAAAAAAAAUUCUUAGUUUGAUGAGUCUUUUGUGGAAUUCUGAAGAAAAACAUUAGCUAAUGUUUGCUUGCAUUCGAGGAAGUCAAUUUUUUUUUCCUGAGAUUUGUAUUAACGCAAAAGGGUGGAACGAAAUCUGUCUCGCAUGCAGCUAAAAAUGGAUAUGGUUUUAUUCAAUUAGAACUUCAAAUGAUGGAAGAUGUUUUUGAAGUCCUCUAUUGAUGAAGGAACGCUAGUCUUGAAUAAAUAUUUUACAUCAGUAUUAGGAUCACAUUUCACUUUGAUUGUGAACCUGACUAUGUUUUGACGAUUUGUUCAUCUCGCAGGACUCACAAGAUCCAAAUCCUCUAAUUCGUGCUUUAGCCGUGAGAACGAUGGGGUGCAUUCGUGUUGACAAAAUCACAGAAUAUUUGUGUGAUCCCCUUCAAAGAUGUCUAAAGGUCUCUUCAAUUAAUCCAUCACGUUCGUUUGAUUGUCUUUUGAUUCUUACUCAAUAUCCUCUCUGUUUCCCUGGGCUUGUGUAGCCGGGUUAUUUCCAAUGACUCUCUUCUUAUUCAAUUCUUUUUUGCUGCAUCAAUUUCAAUAACUAUCUCUUCUUGUGUAGUUUUUCUUUCAGAUAUUGAUGAUAAUUUUCAAUUAUGUAGGAUGAUGAUCCAUAUGUCCGUAAGACAGCAGCAAUUUGUGUUGCAAAGCUUUACGAUAUUAAUGCAGAGUUAGUUGAAGAUAGGGGUUUCUUAGAGACACUCAAGGACAUGAUUUCUGACAGUAAUCCGAUGGUGGUCGCAAAUGCUGUCGCAGCACUUGCUGAAAUACAAGAAAAUAGCACCAGAUUGAUCUUUGAGAUCACCAGCAAUACACUUUCUAAGCUUUUGACGGCUUUAAACGAGUGCAAUGAGUAAGUAUACACUUCGUACCUUUGUUUAAAUUUAGCUUUAGUUGCAAAAGGUGGUUACUAGAGUUUGUUUUUGUGUAUUCUUACUUAUCUUAGUGAUAUGAUGAAAUGAAUUGCCUUAUACAUUAUAUUGUGACGACCAUUAUAAGCACGUAUUCACAUUCAUUCUUUACAUUCUACAGUUCUGGGAGUGCGGAUAUAGGAACCUCGGAAACCAGGAGAGCUUCCUAUUUGACUGGAAAACCGAUGCAUACUUGGCCCUCUUUUCAAUCCACUCUCUAAGAUAGGAACUUCCCCAAUCAGACCUACACUGUACAUAUGUCUGGCAACGCCUUAUAAAGGGUUGACACUAGUUAGGUACUGGCCAAAAAUUUUGAUCAAAUUCCUUUGUGGUUAAUUCGAUCUAUCUUGCUUUUAUCACUUGAAUUUUUUUAACGGUUAAUAUUUCAUUCAAAGAGAAAAUUUCCAGGUAAUGGAAGAAUUUUCUUAAUGACUUUGUGAAAAAUAGAACCAUUUGAAUACAUAUAGCUAUGUUAAUCUUGAAAGUAGAAAAGGACUUGACAAUCCUAGCUGAAAUCUGUCUAUCUAACUCAGUAUGAAACUCAAAGUUACCAUUUGAAUACAUAUAGCUAUGUUAAUCUUGAAAGUAGAAAGGGACUUGACAAUCCUAGCUGAAAUCUAUGUCUAUCUAACUCAGUAUGAACUCAAAGUUUCCAUUUGAAACAUGGUGGACGUGCUUGUUUACUUAGUACGUAAUGUUUUUUCUUUGCCAUGUGGUUUUUAGUUGUCUAUGGUUCUUCCCCUUUCUUCUUUUGUUCAAGUUUUACUGUUUAUCCAUCCAGAGGCCGAUAAAAACCCAUUCUUUUAUAUCUUUGGUUUUACUCCUACAUUGACUUUUAGCCUGUAAUGAAUGAUAACAUAUUGAUUAUCCAGUCUUCAUGAAUCAUUGAAUUCUAGGUUUUGACCGGUCACAGAUGUUUGAUGGAUUCCUUUCAAAGAUAAGUUGAUGUGAAUAUGAGCUGUAAUGUUUUGGAUUGGAGUUGAGAAAUUAUCUCUUGGGAUUCUAUGUGUGGUUCAGUGUGUUUGCUCGGAAAGAACUUUGAUACGGUUUUCACGUGAUAUCAACUCAUAAGAUUGCAUGUAUGAAAAGAAUUAUGGCGCCUAGCAUAAGUGUUUGUGGAUGGUCUAUGCAAAGGGUAUUUCAGCAAGCGCUAGGGCUCCACACUCGUACUUUCCCCAAAUUACCGUUUUCUACGUCAGGUCAAGUACUGAUACGAUUUUCUAUUCGCAGAUGGGGCCAAGUUUUCAUUUUGGAUGCACUCUCGAGGUACAGGGCAGCUGAUGCCCGUGAAGCAGAAAAUAUUGUGGAAAGAGUCACCCCGCGUCUGCAGCAUGCUAAUUGUGCUGUCGUGCUUUCUGCUGUCAAGGUGGGCAGCAAUGAUCAUUAUCCGUUCUUUCUCCGUGCUUUCUGAUUCGUUCUGUAAUUUUUUUAAAGCCAGACACUAAUCCUUGUCCCGAGAACUUAUAAGCUAGUAGCUCAUAGAGUAUGUUCCUUAAUCACUAUGUAAAUCUGACUUAGUAGGCAAUCUUAUGGCAUUGAUUAUAUCAGCAGAUAGUCUGCUAUUAAUUUUUAGGGUCGAUUCAACAUGUAACCAUUGGUAACGUUUUGAUUUCUCACCUGAUUUUAAUUGAUUUUUUUUUCCAUAUAACAACGUCAUGGUUUGGCUUUGUCAGAUGAUUCUUCAGCAGAUGGAACUCAUCACGAGUACCGAUGUCGUCCGCAAUCUUUGCAAAAAAAUGGCUCCUCCUCUGGUGACACUUCUUUCUUCAGAGCCUGAGAUACAAUAUGUAGCGUUGCGCAACAUCAAUCUUAUCGUCCAGAAGCGGCCUACCAUCCUUGCUCAUGAAAUCAAGGUAACAUUUAGCUGUAAUUGAUGAACAUAAAAUUCACAUCUGCGUGUCCACAGCUUAUUAAUGUUCUUAUGACCACCUGUUUCGGCAGGUUUUCUUUUGCAAGUAUAAUGAUCCCAUUUAUGUAAAGAUGGAGAAAUUGGAGAUCAUGAUAAAGCUUGCAUCUGAUCGGAACAUAGACCAGGUAUAGAAACUCAUAUUCUGAUUCCUUCUGUUUUUGGAUUUUUUUUUUUCCCCAGUUCUUGUUAAAAAAUUCAAUUUAUGGUACAACUACAGUGGUCAGUGAGAAUUCUUAUCCUAUAAAGGAUCAUGUGCCUUUUUCUUUUCUUUUUUCUUCCAUUCAAACAGAUCUAUUCUAUCAAAUAUUUUCUACCCCCUGUUUCCUUCCACCAUUUCUGUUCGUUCGCGUGUUCUAAGCAUCUGGAUCAUUGUCACCAUGCUUCCUGCUUCGCUAUGAACACCACUUGAAGAUAUCUAACCAUCAUCUUUCUGUCUCUGGUGUUGCUUUCUAGGUUCUGCUGGAGUUCAAAGAGUACGCCACGGAGGUAGAUGUAGAUUUUGUUCGGAAGGCAGUCCGCGCGAUUGGCCGUUGUGCUAUCAAGUUGGAGAGAGCGGCUGAGCGAUGCAUCAGCGUUUUGCUCGAACUGAUAAAGCUGAAGGUGAAUUACGUGGUACAGGAGGCGAUCAUAGUUAUUAAAGACAUUUUUAGACGCUAUCCUAACACGUAAGUCCCAGUCUUAUAUAUAUAUAUAUAUAUAUAUAUAUAGUCCGUUGACCCUAUACUCCCAUCUGUGGAAUUAUGUUAUGUUCAUCCUUGAUGGUUGACCAUUUUCUUACUCCCCUGUGGCAGCUAUGAGUCAAUCAUUGCAACGCUUUGUGAGAGCCUAGACAACCUUGAUGAACCAGAGGCUAAGGUAUUAAAAAAGAAGAAGUAAACUUCGUUGACUUUUUUCGCCGGUGUUCCUCCACUCAUCUUCUGAGCAUGAAUCCUAUUUGUAGGCAUCGAUGAUCUGGAUUAUCGGUGAAUAUGCGGAGAGGAUCGACAAUGCCGAUGAACUGCUCGAAAGCUUUCUCGAAAGCUUCCCAGAGGAGCCUGCUCUUGUGCAGCUGCAGUUGCUGACUGCCACCGUCAAGUUGUUUCUUAAAAAGCCAACUGAAGGCCCACAGCAGAUGAUCCAGGUUCUUGCAGUUGACUUUUUACGCCCUUACCCUUGCAUGAUUAUCUUACUCUUUCUCUCUGUCCACCCUUCUGAGAUUACUUUUUUUGGCAGAUAUAACGCCUAAUUCUGAGCUAGGAUUCCAUCUAGGUUCUAUAAUAAUAAGAAUAAUAUAUAAAAAAAACUGAACACCGCAUUGGAACAUCUAAAUCUGGGUGAGGUUUAGCUGGAUGGUGUCAUCCGUUUCUUGCCCCCUUUCUGACAUUUAGUCCGAGAUUGUUGGAGGAAAUGAUAAGAAGAAGAAUAACAGGGAUGAAGAAGGCAGUUUAUUUUAUUCCAUGUGAUGUUCCUCCGGAGGAAUUUUUCUCUGCGUUCGCUUUGAGAUGCCUUUUGACCUUUUCUCUCGACUUUCAUGGCUCAGGUCGUUCUGAACAACGCCACCGUCGAAACUGACAACCCCGACCUGAGGGACCGUGCUUACAUAUACUGGCGACUUCUCUCCACCGAUCCUGAGGUAAUUACCUGCACCCCAAAAUGUCAACGCCAUGAUCAAAGUAGACGAGAUAACGCGCACCCACUUUUUGAGAAGGGGCGGGAGGUAGGGGUACUUGCACCCCAAAAGUCAACCCCUUGAUCAAAGUAGUAGACAAGAUAACCCACACCCAUUUUUGGGCAGGGUGGAAGGUAGUGUUUAUGGUCCCAAAAAGUCAACGUCAUUAUUAUUACAGUAGAUAAAAGAUAGCCCGGACCUAUUUCUGGGCGGUGGCGGGAGGUAGUAGUGUACUAGCACUCAAAAGUCAGCGCCUUGAUCAAAGUAGACAGGAGAUAUCCCUCACCAACUUUUGGGCAGGGACGGGACGAGGCAGUUCACCUCGCUCCUCCCCUGAUGAUUUUCUGGAUGGAGUCAACCUCUCUCUCUCUCUUGCUCACUCUUUCUCUCUCUACACCAGGCAGCGAAGGACAUUGUUCUGGCGGAGAAGCCGGUGAUCAGCGACGACUCCAACCAGCUCGAUGCCUCUCUCCUGGACGAGCUCCUCGCCAACAUUGCCACCCUCUCCUCCGUCUUCCACAAGCCCCCCGAGGCCUUCGUCACCCGCGCCAAGCCCUCCGCUCCCAGACCCGACGACGACGACUUCCCCGACGGCGGGGAGCCCACCGCCUACUCCGAGUCCCUUUCCCAGGGCUCCGACCGUGCUUCCGCUGCUCCGCCGCCGUCCUCCUCCGGUGCUCCGCAGCCGCCUGCUCCGGCCGCUGUGCCGGACCUCCUUGGCGACCUGAUCGGCCUCGACAACGCCCUCGUCCCCGUCGACCAGCCCGCCGCUGCCCCCCGGUAAGAAACAUCGCCCUAAUUUCUGCACUAAUUUCUCUUCCUCUUCUCCUCCGCACUGAUUUCGCCGUGAUUUCCCGCAGACCUUCCCUCCCGAUCCUCCUGCCGUCGUCCAAUGGGCAGGGCCUGCAGAUCAGCGCUCAGCUCACCCGCCGCGACGGCCAGGUCUUCUACAGCCUGCUCUUCGAGAACAGCUCUCUCGCCGCCCUUGACGGAUUCAUGAUCCAGUUCAACAAGAACACCUUCGGCCUCGCCGCCGCCGGCCCCCUCCAGGCACAUACCACCGACGAGCUCCAUAUAUGAAUUCUCUAAUCUCUGUUUUCUCCGAUCGGAUCGAGAAGGAAAUUCAUUCGUCUUCUCGCUUGCAGGUGCCGUCGCUGCAACCGGGAUCGUCGGCCACGACGCUCCUGCCGAUGGUGCUGUUCCAGAACGUCCUCCCGGGCCCUCCGAGCUCGCUGCUACAGGUGGCGGUGAAGAACAACCAGCAGCCGGUCUGGUACUUCAACGACAAGAUCCCCCUCCAGGCGCUGCUAAUGGAGGACGGGAAGAUGGAGCGCCAGAGCUUCCUCGAGGCAAGCAUCAAAUCCUACUAGCCUCCUCAGAACUUCCUUGAAAGAAUCCGCAUAAACCCUAGCCUCGGAUCAUCGAGGAUACGUUCUGGUUAUUGACGGGGGAGGAGCUUGGGGGUGCUGCAGACAUGGAAGUCCUUGCCGGAUGCGAACGAGGUGGCGAAGGAGCUGCCGAGCGCCGUCCUCCAGAGCGUAGACGGCACGGUGGAGCGGCUGGCGGCGGCGAACGUGUUCUUCGUGGCGAAGAGGAAGAACGGCAACAAGGACGUCCUCUACCUCUCCGCCAAGGUUCCCCCCAGCGUCAUCUUCCUCGUGGAGCUCACCGCCGCCGCCGGCGUCCCCGGCGUCAAGUGCGCCGUCAAGACCCCCAACCCGGAGAUGUCCCUCCUCUUCUUCGAGGCCAUGGAGGCCCUCCUCAAGUAA